AUGCCCCGAUUCCUACACCCAACACAGUCUGGUGUCCACCGUUUAGCAUGCCUUUCUCUCUAUCGCGCCCUGCUCUCACAGUGCUCGAAGCCAUGGCUCACAAACUCGAAGGCAUCGCAUAUACGAGCGCUAAUACAGGCUAGAUUCCAUAUAGAUAAGCCGAUCGAGAGUCCAAGUCGAAUUGAGAAGUCCUUGAAAGCAGGCUAUGAGGCUUUGAAUUUGAUGAAAUCAUGCGCAAAUGGAGAUGCUAUAAGCAUAGAACGAGUUGAUUCCCUUAUAGCCGGAACUCAGCCUUUCCUUGAGCGGUAUCAGCAGAAACGCGCCCGGUUGGCCCGUGAACGCCAGGAAAAAGAGCUUGAAGAUGCAAGGAAGAAGCAGCAAAAACGCCGAUUCAGCGCCAAAAGAGUGUUGGAGUCAGUCCUGGCGCGACCUUACCCUACUGUUUCCGGUAUACGCCGUGUUCCCCGAUUCGCAUGUGCGCGUGGCAUUCCAUUCCUUAGAAUCAAGAAACCUCAGCCGAAGAACUUGAGCGUGGCCAUACAGAUCAGACAGGAUGCUCGAUGGAAGAAUAUUCUACGCAGGCAAGAGCUGGGUGUCGAUUCCCUCUUCGCAAAGGAUGAAGAUACGUGGGAUGCAAUCACUUCGAAAACGGAGGCCGACACGUGGGAUAAGGCUAUCCAACAGAAUAUCAGUCGUGUGGUGGAUACAAUUAAGAAAGGAGAUGAGAGGGAUCUCGAGCUGGCGAGGAAGAUGUGGAAUGUUGUUGUGGCUGAGAGACGACUGGCUGAGAAAGAGGCCAGGCAACGGGAGAAGGUGGGUCAGGCUGCCGAGACAAAGCCAGGUUCUUCACAUCCUACGACUCAGCGUUGA